AACAUUUCGUAUAAAUGCAGGGACUUAAUUACAUAUUAAGUUCCAUUUUGACGCUAAUUUAAUUUUGACUGAAGAAAGAUUCUUCCACGAGAUCCAUUCUCGCCUGUUUCUUUUCCAAAAUCCCACAUAAAAUUUAAUAAUAAAUUCCAAUAUAUUUGAUUUACCCAUGGCGUUGAAUUCUUCAGAUUUCAAAGAUCCUUCAAUUGAAGUUUUGUGCCCGUACGAAUCAAGAAUUGAAACCCUAGAUCUUUCUCAUCGAAGAUUGAUUGAAUGAUUUAGGAUUGAUUGGGUUGUGAAAAAUUGAUGGUGAAAUUAGAGGGUUUGAGUGAGGAGUUGCAGAAGAUUCUAGAUGCUGACAUGGAUCAUGUGGGCCCCAGGCGCAUUGCACGUGAGGCAUUCAAGCACAUUCAGCUCUCCAUUGAUCAUCUCUUGUUCAAGAUGCCGACCGAUGGAUUGAAGAUGGCGGAGUCGUACGAAGUGAAUUCAAGAGGGUUGGAAAUUUUCUCGAAAAGUUGGCUUCCAGAAAAAGGUUCCCCAAAAGCAGUGAUUUGUUUUUGUCACGGUUAUGGAGAUACGUGCACGUUUUUCUUCGAAGGAGUUGCGAGAAAGUUAGCAUCUUCCGGUUACGGAGUUUUCGCUAUGGAUUAUCCGGGAUUUGGUUUGUCUGAAGGUCUGCAUGGCUAUAUACCUAACUUUGAUAUUAUGGUUGGUGACGUCAUCGAGCAUUAUUCCAAAGUCAAAGAAAACCCAAAUCUCGAAAAAUUACCGAGUUUUCUAUUCGGACAAUCUAUGGGGGGUGCAGUCGCACUCAAGGUGCACAUGAGACAACCCGAUUCUUGGAAUGGAGCCGUUCUUGUCGCACCUAUGUGCAAGAUUGCAGAUGAUAUGGUGCCACCAUGGAUAUUGACCCAAAUAUUGAGCGGUAUGGCUAAAUUACUUCCGAAGCAGAAGCUCGUUCCGCAUAAGGAUUUAGCUGAGCUGGCAUUCAAAGUUGUGAAGAAUAGAGAACAGACAGCCUAUAACGUUAUCGCUUACAAGCAUAACCCCCGUCUAGGAACAGCCCUAGAAUUGCUGAGUACUACGAAAGAGAUCGAACAACAACUGGACAAGGUGUCUCUUCCAUUAUUGAUAUUGCACGGAAAAGAAGACAGAGUAACAGAUUGUUCCGUGAGUAAAGCAUUGUACGAAAAGUCGAGCAGUUCGGACAAGAAACUUAACCUGUACGACGAUGCUUAUCACUCUCUUCUAGAAGGUGAGCCAGAUGAUAUGAUUCUCCGAGUUUUUGCUGACAUCAUUUCUUGGCUCGAUGACCAUUGUUAGUCAUUUUUCGUUCACAUUCGUACUUUAAUUAUCUGAAAAUGUCCGAUAAAUUUUUUAAUUUAUUUUCCAAAUAUAUUUGUACUGUAAUAUGUGGUUAUCGGUAAGUAAAGGAAUUAGGCAAUUCUGGAACUCUCGGUUCUUUCGUACUGUAUAUUUGUGUUGUUCGUGUACAUGUUUGUGUUACUGUUAUAUAUCGAAUUUUCCAGGUGAUAUUGAAGUUUGGACAAAAGUCAUAUAGUUUGUAGAAAUGUAAGUGUCGGUUUUAUUUACAUUUGCUAAUAUAAAUUGCUUUUAUCUGAAGCAAAUUCUUUUUGUGGUUUAGCCUUAAUUAAAAAAAAAAAAAAAAAAAAAA